CUUUUUUGGUUACACACUCCUCCAACAAUAAAGGCUGAGGCACUUACUGCUGGCUGUAUUUGUCCUGCGUCUGUGUGCGGCAGUGAGUGUAGCGGUGUGUCAGAGGCAGGGAAGGAGCAGCAGACAUGGAUGACGUAUAUAAAGCAGCGGUUGAGAACUUGACAGAGGAGCAGAAAAAUGAGUUCAAGGCUGCAUUUGACAUCUUCAUCCAGGAUGCAGAGGACGGCUGCAUCAGCACCAAAGAGUUGGGGAAGGUGAUGAGGAUGCUGGGACAGAAUCCCACCCCUGAAGAGCUACAGGAGAUGAUUGAUGAGGUGGAUGAGGAUGGCAGUGGCACAGUAGAUUUUGAUGAGUUCUUGGUUAUGAUGGUCCGCUGCAUGAAGGAGGAGAGCAAAGGAAAAUCAGAGGAGGAGUUGGCUGAGCUGUUCCGCAUGUUCGACAAGAAUGGCGAUGGCUACAUAGACUUAGAGGAGCUGAAGGCCAUGCUGGAGUCCACUGGAGAGGCCAUCACGGAAGACGAUAUCGAGGAGCUGAUGAAGGAUGGAGACAAAAACAAUGAUGGGAAAAUUGAUUAUGACGAGUUCCUGGAGUUCAUGAAAGGUGUUGAGUAAAGGAUUCGGCUAGAGGCCUCACACUGCUUUCCUCUGACUGCAUCAUCAUCUAAGGCCAUUCCUGAAGACAUGCCUCCACCUUUCUUCUGCUUUCAACAACACAAACAACACAGCGGUUUCUUAGCCGACACCUGUCCUGUCAGUUAUUUGCUGAGGCCCUGAAAGGUUUGCAGUGAGCUCAUUGACUGCAAAUAUCUUCAUUUCAGAUAGUGAUGAUAAAUAAAAGUGUCAUAUUUAAAGACUAUUUUCAUUAAAAAGAUUUUAUAAUUGCA